AUGGCAGCUCUCCAAUUCCAGAUCUUGCAGCCAUCUAAAUCAUCAUCAUCUGAUCGAAGAUUUCACGCGAGCCUGUAUCCCUCCUCCAAUUUCAGAGCGAAAAGCGUCUACCAUCAAAAGCUGUCAAAGAAGAUCACGGUUGAGGUCUUCAUCCUGAGACGAGAGCACACUGCCGCCACGGAGGCACCGACACAAACCGUGCCAGGUAACGAGGACAAGGAUUUUGUGGUCAGCGAGCUUCUUGCCAUAGCCGAGGCGGUUGCUGAUAGAGCCAACAUGCAUGCCAUCAUCGGAGCACAGAGAGACAAUUGGAAUCACCUCCUUACGAACUCCAUCAACUCUAUCACUCUCAUCGGAUCGCUCUUGGCAGGAAUCUCAUCGAUACCGGUAGGAGAAGCAACACCGCAGCUACUACCGCUCAAGGUAGCGUCCGUGCUCUUAUUCAGCACCGCGACCGGAAUGAUGCUGAUCGUCAACAAGGUUCAGCCUUCCCAGCUAGCUGAAGAACAAAGAAAAGCAACGUGGAUGUGGAAGCAACUGGAGCGAUCGAUCCAAGACACUCUCGCACUGCGAGCUCCAACCGAGUUGGAUGUCAUGGACGCCAUGAACAAGGUGCUCGCUCUCGAGAAGGCUUAUCCCCUGCCUUUGCUCCCUGGAAUGCUCGAGAAGUUCCCGAAGAAGGUUGAUCCUGCUUGUUGGUGGCCUAAACUACGGCAAAGGCGACCAGGAACACAUCAGAGGCGUACGAUUAAUGGCGUAGAAAGGAAUGGUUGGAGCAAAGAAGUGGAAGAAGAGAUGAGGGGUCUUCUCAAAGUUCUAAAGCUGAAAGAUGAGGAACAAUAUGUGAGACUGGGGAAGGUGGUCUUGAACAUCAACAAGACGUUAGCUGCAGCAGGACCUAUAUUCGCUGGCCUAGCUACCAUCGGAUCUGGUUUAUUAGGUGUUUCGGCGCUGGGGCCACUGCCAGCAUUGCUUGCGGUGGCCGGAGGGUCGUUGGCGACCGUGGCGAACACCUUGGAGCAUGCGGGGCAGGUAGGGAUGGUGUUCGAGCUGUUCCGGAACAAUGCCGGCUUCUACAGGUGGCUGCAAGAGGAAAUCGAAUCCAAUUUGGGGGAGGAAGAUUUGGAGAAGAGGGAGAAUGGGGAGUUAUUCAAGUUGAAGCUGGCUUUGCAACUCGGAAGGAGCCUCUCGGAGUUCGGAGACUUUGUGCCCUAUGCUGCUGCUUGUAAAGAUGAAGAUAUCAAGGAGUUUGCCGGGAAGCUGUUCUAA